GGCACGAUAGUAUGAUGGUGAUGCUGCUGCCACGUUCAGUCACCCUGCAGUCGACGCACAACCAAAAGACAGCGAACAAGGACUGCAGUGCGAAGCCGCCUUUCUUAUUCCUGCUCGACGGCAGUCAGGAACAUCGACACUCCAUAGACAUCACUACCACGACGACAACUAACAACAAUAACAACAACAACAACAUUAACAACAAUAACAACAACAAUAAUAACAACAAUAAUAAUAAUAACAAUAACGAGGACAUACUCAAAGGAGUUAACAGAAGAGACAGUAAUCGUUCGUACGUCGCCGACGAGGCGGCGGCGUCGGUGACGUCCCAAAGACGCGCCGACUGUGGCCAGGACGUCGCGAUGCGAUAUUACCGGCUCUGGAUCUACACCUGUAACUUGGUACUGCUCGGUAGCGCGCUUGGCUUCGCCGCCGCGGUCUCACGAACACUUUUAUUCACCGGUGAUCCACGUCGGUACCUGGUGCCAGGGGUGCCCCGUGCAUUCGACCCUACAGCUCUUUACGCUUAUUUAGCAUUGGCCACGCAAUUAGGCUUGGUGCAAUUGUUGGGUUGUAUAGCGGCGAGGAGAUUGAGCGCGAGACUCCUAAACGCCUACUGGGUUCUGCUUCUGGCGCUUCUCUUCGGCGACGCCGUGAUCGGAGUCGCCUGGGUCUUCCGGUUUGAGAGGAUGCGCGCCGAACUCAGGCCCACUCUCAGACAACGAUUGCAGAUGGAGUACGGCAAGGAUCUACGAUUCAGCGAACAGUGGGACCGUUUGCAAAAAGAGUUUACCUGCUGUGGCGUGACCGGUCCCAGGGAUUUCGGUGCCCGAUGGCCGCAGACCUGUUGCGGACCCACCGGCAAUGUCAGCGAUACCUGUCAACAACCAUACGCGAAAGGCUGCGAGGAAUCGCUGGUACGAUGGCUACGGAAAACCGCGGAUCUGCUGUUCGUAUUGGGUUUCUGCGUGAUCGCGUUUGCCAAAUUAUGUUUCCUGGGGAUACUGCGCUACGAGAUAAGGGAAAUGAUACAGAAGAUACGUCUGCUUCGAGAGCCCCCACCGCCGGCAACCACCCUUGCCCAACCACCCUUCUCGCAAGUGAUACCGGAAGCGACGAACAACGGAAGCAUCGUACGACGCACGACUUUACCUAACGCUGUUACUCCUUCCGGGAAUGCAUCGUUGCUGAUCCAAACGGACGAGUGCAACACAGGAAGGCACCCUCUCUUGGCGAACAACCUGCAGGACGGUGGCGCGGACAGCGACACGAACAGUCAUUGCGCACUGAUCCUCGAGGAAACGACGCCCACCUCGGCGAACCAUAAUUGCAGCAACCGGGAGAAGAGCAAUGGCAACAACAACUACGAGAUGCGAGAGUUCAACAGGAGAUUGUGGCUGUCGAACGGUGGCAGCCCGGGCACGGGUAUAACAGCCGGUGGUCAAAGUAGGCGCACCUGACUAUGGAAGUGGUGGCGA